AUGGAGGGACAAUCAGUCACAUCCCGUGGUGUUGUUGAGUACAUGAGAAGGCUAGAUGCGCUGACUAUAGAUGAUGUCAUAUGGACAUCAUACACUGAUCAUAGAGUCCAGUGUGAGUUUGAUUUUUCUUCUUUAUAUUCAUGUUAUAUGCGAUGGAAGACCAUGGUUGCUAGACACUUGCCUAAGAGGUGUCUGCGACAAUAUGGUUAUGUUCAGAGCAUCCCACGACCAGUUCUGGAUAUACCAUCUAUGGACAUUGAUUGGUGGUUUCAUAGUAACAUUAUCAACUCUGGUUGUGCAAUUAGAGAUCAAGCAGUUACGGUUCAACACCCCUCACAAUGUGAAGAUGGUUACUUAGAGUGGUACCUCAUUGUAUCACACCCUCACAUCAUCCCACCUGUUGAGCAUAUAGAUGAUGUUGAGCCUUCUAAUGCUAGGGUACCUGUCAAUGACUUGUCAUCGCCGCCUCCUCCUACAACUGAUGUCGAUGUCCAGUAG